UAAAAAUAAUGUCUUUACUAUUUUUCAACCUGUAAUGGUGCUGUGUGUAGAUAAUUUUUUUAUAAAGGAGCCCGACCGGCAAGUGCCGAGAAUCGUGUAGCUCUGCCAUGAAAUACUAUCAUUGGAUAUACACAAAAACAUCAUUAGGAUGUGCCCAAGUGGUUGUUAUAUUAACCCUGGCCAUCCUAAUAUUACCGGUGCCUGGGACAACAUUAGGUUCAGGCAUCGAUUUGUUAGAGGCACUAAAUUUAAAUGCAAAUCUAUCGGAGUACGAAGGUGUUACAAUUACCCAGCAAUAUUUGAGUGACAGGCAAAUAUAUCACUUACAAAGCGGUGAUCGGAAUCUUGUGUUGCCGACAAAUGUGUACCACCGAGCAGCGGAUCAGUUGAGGAAUUCGAAUGAUUUUACGUUUGCCGCAAAGCUGCGACAAGAAAAGAGCAACUCGGGUACAAUAGUGUCAUUUUCAAGUGAUAACAAUAGGUAUUUAGAAUUACAAUCAAGUGGUCGUCGUGAUGAAAUUCGAUUUCAUUUUACCUAUAUCACACCAGACGGCGCGAAACUGGUGCACACAGAAUCUUUUCCUUAUCGGUUAGCUGACGAUACGUGGCAUCGUGUCGCGUUAUCAAUUAGCGGCGCCGAAAUACAAUUGCUAGUCGAUUGUCGCCCGCUGUACAAGCGGGUGAUGCGUUUUGUACCAGAUAGAAAUUUUAGUGCUUCCAAUUUGCAAUUAUUCAUCGGUCAAAGAAAUUCAAAUAGCCAUUCCUUAUUCAAGGGUGAACUUGAAGAAGUAAAUUUAAUUGCUGGUCCAUAUGGAUAUUUAUCACAAUGUGAGAAUAUGGAUGCACAAUGUCCCACGUGCGGGCAAUUUACGCAAUUACAUAAUUUAGUGAAUGAAUUAAGUUUUAGCUUAAUAGAAUUAAGAAGUAGGUUAUUAGACGCUGAAAGACGUUUAUCAUAUGUAGAAGAGUGUGACUGUAAAAAGCAUUGUACAUUAAGUAACGGUACAAUUAAGGCGGAUGGUUCUGAAUGGGAUAUCGGGUGUAGUCAGUGCAAAUGCAUAGGGGGACAAGUAACAUGUGAUAGGCGUCCUUGCGGAGAAACCAAAUGUAAAUAUCCAACACCCCCGCGUGAGGAGGAGGGCGAAUGUUGUCCAUAUUGCAAAAAAAGCUGUUACUUUUAUGCGAAGGGAUAUGAUCAUGGCGAGAAUCAUAUACUGGGAUGCAAAAAUUGUACAUGCAUCGAUGGCGUUAUGAAAUGUACCGACGUGCAUUGUCCAAAGUUAACGUGUCCCGCCGAACAACAAAUUUCGGUAACGAACGAAUGCUGUAAAUACUGUCCAGGAGUGGAUUACUGUUCAAAAGGUCACGCAUGUCAUACUAAUGCUACGUGUCUAAAUCUUAACACCAAAUACACAUGUGCCUGUCACCCGGGCUUCCAAGGAGAUGGUUUCAAUUGCUCGGAUAUAGAUGAGUGUGCUACAAGAGGCGGCGAAAGCGGUAAUCACUGUCAUUUAAAUACUCGAUGUAAAAAUACAAUCGGCUCGUACAGAUGCGAAUGCCUGCCAGGUUAUCGUCGCUUAGACAAAUUCAACUGCAUCGAGAUCGACGAGUGCGCCACGAACGAGCACAAUUGUCAUGCGAACGCCGAUUGUAUCAAUACGCUCGGGUCGUAUCACUGCCGAUGCAAGGAGGGCUAUACGGGAGACGGCAUCGAUUGUAAACCUGUUUGCAAUCAAACAUGUUUGAAUGGCGGCGUAUGCACAGCUCCCGGAGUAUGCAAUUGCCGUGCCGGCUACAUUGGAACAUCAUGCGAACGUGAUUUGGAUGAGUGCGCCACAGGAUUGCAUCAAUGCAAAAAUUCAACAACUUGCAUCAAUAUGCCAGGAUGGUACUACUGCAAAUGCAAGCCUGGUUUCAUUACCAAAGGAAGUGAUUGCAUGGACAUUGAUGAAUGUCAUUUGAAUACGUCCAGUUGUCACCCAACUGCCAAAUGUGUUAAUACCGAAGGCCAUUUCGAGUGCCAAUGUACUGAAGAGGAGAAACCUGACUGUAGACUUAGUUGUAUGUUCGAAGAUAACGAAAUCCCCGAUGGCGGCAAAGUUUCGCCCCGCAAUCAACCAUGCAAGGUAUGCACGUGUUCGCGUGGCGUCAUUACGUGCGAAGAAACUCCGUGCAAUUGUUCGACGUGGCGUCGCGGAAGCGCUCGCGAUCUUUGUUGCCCGCAAUGUGACCCGCGCGAAUCGUGUCAGCAUCAAGAAUUGAAGCACGUGACAUUCAGAAGCGGCGAACAAUGGAUUUAUCAGUGUCAAACCUGCGAAUGUUUGUACGGUGAAUUCGAUUGCUGGAAGCUUGAAUGUCCUCCGAUUACUUGCCAAAAUCCAUUACCGCUGUUACCGGGCGAAUGUUGUCCGCGUUGCCCCGGCGAUAUGUGUGGCUUGGGCAAUUCCACGGAAACGUGUCUGUAUGAGAAACUUCCAUACUCAUCCGGGCAAUCGUCGUCGUCCUACGAACAUUCGUCAAAAAAUUGUGCAAGUUGUACCUGUAAGGUGAGUUCAUAGUAUUGCAACCACUGCUCCUAAUAACACUAUCGUUAGUAUU